ACAACGCAGUCCGAGCGCAUGAGGCAUUCUUGAACUUUGGAAGCCGACUCUGACGCACGUCCCGUGUCCGAGCGCGUCUGCCUCUUCAAUCCAUGCCGCCAGCAGCUGUGCGCCAUCUCUUGCGCCUAACACCCACAGUUGCUCCUGUACCCCACAGAGCACUUCUUUACCUUUCUGGCUCGCAGGCGACUGAAUUCCUCAACGGCGUCGUAUCGUCUACUGUUCCGAGUCCACCUCGCGGACCGUUCUUCUCAGCAUUACUUCACGCACAGGGGCGAGUACUCUAUGAUAUUUUUGUUUAUCCUAAGAAGAACGCCCGAGGCAACGAUGGUUACUUUAUUGAAUACGACUCUCGACAAUCAGAGGCACCUCCGCUCUUGCAAACUCUGAAACGCUUUAUCCUAAGAUCGAAAGUCAGAGUUGAGGACGUGUCGAGUGAAUAUGAUGUUUGGUCUGUUUGGGGUUCCGAAGACACGAAGAAAUGGGAGACUCCGCGACAAUGGAAUUGGGCACGAAGUGGGGUCAUUGAACCUGUCUGGGACGCUUUUGAGGAAUGGCCUUGGAAGGAUGGGGAUGUAGAAAGCCUCUCGUUACGAGAUAGGAGGGCUGUGGGGAUGGGAUGCAGAGUACUGGUUCGCAACCGGGACAAACCAGCACAAGCAUCGACACAUGACGCUGUUGGCCAUGAUGCUUAUACUCUUCAUCGAAUAUUGCAUGACGUACCAGAGGGCGUCGACGACAUACCUCCUAUGCAUGCGUUCCCGAUGGAAUCGAAUCUCGACGUUAUGGGCGGUUUGGAUUUCAGGAAAGGCUGCUAUGUUGGACAGGAGUUGACGGUCCGAACGUAUCACACUGGUGUCCUGCGUAAACGAAUCUUGCCCGUACAUAUUACUAGAAGCGGGAAAGAGGGAAGUGCAAUCUCCCCACUACCUAUUAACAGCGACAUACGAACCGAGUACCACGAGAACUCCACCGAGCCAAAACCGAGAGUACGCGGGACCGGAAAGCUGCUGAGCUCGACGCAAGGUGUAGGUUUAGCGCUUCUGCGAAUGGAACAGGUCGAACUUGUAGAGAAAGGGAUCUUGAAGUUCCAUAUAGAUGAAACUUGGAGAAUAUCACAUUGGUGGCCGGAUUGGUGGCCACGACAGGAAUGAAGCAAUACUAGUAGUUAGGGCGGAACGUUGGAAUAAAAUACAAUCAA